AAACAAAUAAAUUAAAAAAGAUAAUACAGUAUUCCGACGACCGUGAUCGAAUCGUGCGAUGUUUGACCAGCGUAGUCGCCGUGUUACGGUGGUGGCGCUGCUAUUACAAUUGUUGGUUCUGAGCGAUCUGUCGAAUUCCGUCGGAGCUGCGAAUUCGGUGUCGGCUUUCGUCCAGAACGCCAUAUUGUCCAACAAGAUUGUCAUCUUCUCCAAGUCCUACUGCCCGUAUUGCUUGCGGUCGAAACGUAUAUUCAGCCAACUUAAGGAAGAGCCAUUUGUUGUUGAGCUUGAUCUGAGAGAGGACGGAGAUCAAAUCCAGUAUGAGCUUCUUGAGUUCGUUGGUCGCCGUACUGUCCCUCAAGUUUUUGUAAACGGCAAGCAUAUUGGUGGAUCAGAUGAUCUUGGAGCUGCUUUGGAGAGUGGUCAGCUGCACAAGCUUCUUGCUGCGAGUUGAUUUUGCACAACCUGGAGUGUGGAGCUAAUGUUAUUUAGAGGAAAUAGGAAUAUUUGCUAGUAGUAGACUUAAUAAGUCAAUUUGGUAUGUGUCUGUGUUAACUGACUCGAUUUCUGCUUAUAUAAGUUGUGAUGCAUUGAUAAAGUCUUGAUCUUUUGGUGUCGCAUUGCUCUGGUGAUUGAAUUGCUUUCAUAUUC